CAAGAGGUCUGUGUUGGCAGUCGGAUCCUCAGCUUCCCACACACUGCCAUGGGAUACCUCAAGCUGUUAGUCCUGUUCGUGGUGUGCCUGCUGCUCCUGGGACAGGUGGGGCCAUCUCCCUUGCCCCAGCAGAGCUUAGUCCAGAGAAGACUAAGAAGGAUGACCCCCUUCUGGAGAGGUAUCUCCCUCAGGCCCAUUGGGGCAUCUUGUCGUGAUGAUUCUGAAUGUAUCACAAGACUAUGCAGGAAAAGACGCUGUUCCCUCAACGGUACCCAAGAAUAAUACAUUUACUGAAGAAAAGAGAAGAAAGCAGCUGCUUCCAACAAUAUUCCGUUGUAUGGAAUAUUGAUUAUUAGCUACAUAACUACUAGAAUUAUCUGUGAAGCUGUUUUACUAUUUAAUAUUUAAAGGCAGAUGCAUACCUUAACUUAGACACUCUAGCCCCACCUCCUCCCAUUCUUAGAGCAUGGACAUGUGGAUAAAGAUUUUAAACUUUUGAACUUAAGAGUCUGUAUUUUUAUAUGCAUGUAUUAUUGUUAGAAUUUGAAAAAUUAAAAUUUUUUUAAAAAAUAUUUUCUUAAUAAUGAGACAAAUCUGGAAUUCAAGCUUUUGGGGCAUGGAAUGUAGAAAAAUAAAUCUAUUAUUUUAUAUAAUUGUAACAGGCUAGAAAAAAUUUCAGUCUGCAAAGUUGGGGAAGGGGGUCAAUAAUAAGCUAAAGAAAAGGAAUAAUAUGGCAGAAUGUUAAGAUUUAAGGCAAAAGUCUUUCCAAACUUGUGUGUUUAACACUGGCCUUUCAUUUCAUCUUUCCAGUGACAAGGUCAUGGUCAGUAAUUCUGGUACCUAGCUACCCACCACCCUUCCAAGAAAUACAUCCAUGCUCUGAAUUAUCCCAAGAGGGAACUCAAAAAUGUUGUAAAUUUAUCAUUGAAAUAAUUCCUACUCUAAGGACAAAGCUCAGAAAGAAAGCUAAGACUUCUGUAAAACAUCAUUUCGAUAAUUUGAUUUCUAUGCACAUGGAUCAUAUAAUAAUCCCCAAUCAAGAAGCAGACAUAAGGUUUGUGAUAAGGUAAAAAUACACCCACCAAAACAUGUUUGCAAAGGACUUGGAUCCUUGAACCCAGGGCAAAAAUACAAAAUGAGAAUCUAAAUUAGGUGGAAAAAAAUAGAAGUGUAAACAGCACAGCAUUUAUAAAGUUUAAUACAGAAAAAUCUAUUUGAUAUUUAUUAAACUUAAGUUUUUCCAGUUAUGGUUUUGCAUUAUACAAAGCAUUUAAUGACACAGUAGUUAAAAAGAUCUUUACAAAUUGAAAUGUGAUACCCUUUUCUCCAAAUAUUUUAAUUGCCAUAAAUUUGUUUAAAAAUACACAUUAAAUGCAUGUUUCGGACACUCUAAACUUUCUAUAAUCUCAAUACCACAAAAUACAUAGAAUAUACUAUACAGAUGUGGAAAAAUCUAGUUAGUAUAUAAUACUUUGCUCACCAUUAACAGCUUUAUUACGUGAAAUGCACAUGUUGACUUUAAAAUCCUAACUUCUGAGCCCCAAACUAUCCCUUGAAAUUUAAGUGUAUUGCAACAAAUAAAACUCACAGUAUGUAUUUUAAGUUUUGGUUGAAAAUACCAGAUGCCUAAAUAAUUUGGAUAAAACAAAUGUAAAACAGGGACUUGAGUCAUGUACAAAUAAAGACAUUUUGUCAGUCA